AUGCUUUCCAUUGCAAUACCUACCCCCAUUCAAGCAGCGACCAUCCCGGCAAUCCUGGAGGGCCGUGACGUGAUCGGUGGCGCCGAGACUGGUUCGGGCAAGACGCUCGCUUUUGCAUUGCCCAUCCUAAACAAGCUAGCAAAAGAUAUGGUGGGGGGAUAUGCACUGAUUCUAACUCCCACGCGCGAACUGGGUGUUCAGUUGCAUGAACAGUUCCUAGCCGUUGGCCAAGGCAGCCGCAUGGGCCUGAAAUGCGCACUUGUCUUGGGCGGGAUGGACAUGAUGAAGCAAGCAACAGAACUUGCAAACCAACGCCCACAUAUUAUUGUCGCGACUCCCGGCCGCCUAGUUGAUUUGCUCAGUUCGGGUGGAUGCCAAGAAUGGGGCCUGGAGCGCUGUAAAUUCGUUGUGCUGGACGAGGCAGACCGUCUUCUCUCACCCACGUUUGCCAACGAACUUGCCUAUCUCUUUUCUAUCCUGCCACCUGCACGCCUGCGACAGACGUUACUAUUUACCGCGACGUUGACGCCCGAGAUUGAAAAGCUUACGUUGAAGCCUUCCGAGGAAGGAAAGCUAGCCCCGCUGCUUUGCAAGAUUGAGAUGAAUACAUCCACGCCGGCGACUCUUACCCAAGAAUACGUACUCGCGCCGUCGCAUAUGCGUGAACCGUACCUUGUCGAGCUUCUCUAUACCCCCCCAUGCGGAUCUGUGACGAAACUACAAAGCCAGGCGUUGUCUGUGUAUCGAAAAGGCGCGGCGCCUGGGAAGCGCAACCAGGAUAAGGAAGAAGAGGAACCGACUUUCCCGUCCACCAUCAUAUUUGCUUCGCGGUGCCAAGGCGCAGAGCUACUGUCGCGGAUGCUUACCGAGCUUGGAAUUUCGAAUGUGUCACUGCAUUCGAUGCUCAGCCAAUCCACACGACUGGACAAUUUGCAAGCGUUUCGUGCUAAGCGCGUCCCAAUUCUUGUUUCUACCGACGUUGGCAGCCGUGGCUUGGAUAUACCAGGCGUGGAGAUGGUCGUGAAUUGGGAUCUUCCUGCUGCAUGGGAGGAUUAUGUGCACCGCGUGGGUCGUACGGCACGCAAAGGCAAAAAAGGCUGGGCAGUGAGUUUUGUGACGGAACGCGAUGUAUCCCUUGUGCAAGUGAUCGAGGAAAAGAUCAAUAAACAGCUUGCGGAGCGCAUCCUUUCGGAGAACAAUGCACUGGAACGUAUUUCGGCGGUUACCGCAGCGAAACGCGUGGCGUCCAUGGCAUUGCACGAUGAGCAUUUUGGCGAGCAGCGCGAGCGGCGUAAGAAAAAAGCGCAGCUCGCGACGGGCGAACGACCCAAGCACAAAAAAAUGAAGCGCGCGUAA